AUGAUGCCUACAGCCCUCCAGCCCAUGGCGACGCCGUUGCUUGACGAAACUACCAUCGCCUCCUUACCACAACCGAGCCCCCCUACCGCCAACAACAAUGCUGCUACCUCCGCCUUCAAUAUUUCCACAUUAGUCAACCCCCCGGUGCUUCCGUCAACUCAGAACAAUGGACAUGUCGCAUCACCGUCCGAUAACACGACCAGUACCAUUGUCGUUGUGUUUGGUCCGAAUCAAGACCAUAUUGUGCAUAUGGUGGCAGAGGUGCUUGGGAAACCAUGGACUACAGAGACAUCUCUGGCCACUCUUAAUAGAGUCGGUGAUGUGAUUGUGGUCGGAGUUUGGGCGCAAAAUCUACAACGCAGUCUGGAGGGAUGUGACCGGUCGUCGCUUGUGAUAAUCAACACCCAUAGUGUGGAGGACGGAUCCGCGCCGGACGAUCAGCUGUCGGAAACCUGCGACUAUGAAUUUUUGUACUCGCACAGUCCAUUCCUGCGACGGGAUCUCACUCGCUUUUUGUCGUUGAUUUUGGGCCAGACGAGACCGCAUGAGGAUCUCCGCACAAAGACCCGCACCAAUUUCAUUUCCACAACUUUCCCGGACGUUCAUGCUGCGCUACCCAAUUUGGAUAUUCUUUCCGUUGGCUCAGAUGCGGUGGAGAUCCGUGUGGAUUUGCUAGUCGAGCCUGGAAUAAAUGGAAAUGGAGCAGGCUCAGUGCCGAGUCUUAGAUAUGUGGGCCAGCAAUUGAUGUUGCUCCGCCAGCAUACCGAACUGCCCAUCAUAUUUACCACAAGAUGUACCAAGGAAAAUGGAAAAUUCCCCAUGGAAGAUCCCGUUCUGUUUUACAAGUACCUGCGACGAGCGAUCCAGUGGGGUGUCGAGUACGUCGAUGUGGAAUUAUGGCUUCCGGAGAAUAUCCGCCGGCAGCUUGCCCAAGCCAAAGGCCACAGUACCAUUAUGUCGGCUUUCCACGAUUUUUCAGGAACCUGGAAGUGGACAUCCCCUGAGGCCCAGCGCAUCUUUGACGAGAGCACAAAGUAUGCCGAUAUCGUCAAGAUGAUUGCUAUGGUCUCGACAAUGGAAGAAAACUACGAGCUGGAGUAUUUCCGGUCAACUAUCAAAAACCGCGGUACAGGCCCGUUGUUAUCGGCCGUGAACAUGGGCCAGCUGGGCCAGCUCUCCCGUGCGCUCAAUACCGUCUUCUCCCCCAUCACCCACCCUCUUCUUCCUAUGAUUGCAGCCCCGGGUCAGUUAACCGCGGCCGAGAUCAACGAGGCCCUCCAUAUUAUGGGCCAAUUGCCCAAGCGCGAUUUCUACGCCAUCGGCUCAUUCCGCGCGACGCCGCACUCCAUGUUCAUGGAGAAAUGUCUCAACGAGCUAGGCUUGCCGCACUCAUUUAACUCCAUCGAUCGUGGUCCCAAGGGCUCAAUGGAGGCCGUGAUCAUGUCCCCCCAAUUCGGCGGCGCCUCAGUAAACCCUCCCAUCCCCAGUUCUACAACCUAUAUCCCCGCCAUCAGCGACGCGGCCCGUGCUAUCGGGCUCGUCGACACCAUAGCCAUGAACAUAGCCGGCGACGGCUCAGUCUCAGGCACAGGCUCGGCUUCGGGCUCAGCGUCCCCGCCCAACGGCACAGGCACCCCGCAUUUCAUCGGCGAAAAUACCGCCUGGAAGGGCAUCCGCGCGACCCUCACACGCGACCAUGUCCCCUCUGCAUACCGCGGCCGAGCCGCAAUUAUCUUAGCUGGAUCCGAGACAGACGCCUCUGCCGCCAUCUUUGCGCUCCGCAAUCUAGAGGUUGGCCCUAUUUACACGGUCGGAUUCAAGGCUUCCGGCCCUCUGGCUGGCGGCCUGCAACCCUUCACAUCCAUUCAGUCUGUCAAAUUGGUCGAGCAGCCAUUUGUUAUCGUCUCGGCACUCCCACCGGAGAAAUCGCUAUUGGUUCAGCCGCUUUUGCGCCAUUAUCGUAGUAACGGUCGGUUGUCGCCGACUGCCACCCGCGGUAAAGUCUAUCUGGAUUUGACUACUGGGUCUCGGAAGGGUGAUCCCCUUGCCGUGGCUGCUAGUGCUGGGUGGACUGCUUAUGGGUCGGAGGAUGUUAGUGCGUGGACUACGGUUGAGACGUUGCGGUUGUUGGUUGGGCAGAAUGUGCCGUUUGACUUUGUACGCAUGGCGUCUGGGCGCUCUCUGUUCUAG